GAACGCUAUACAGGCUAUGCUGUGCCUUUCGCACUCUAGCGUUUUAUUGACAAUGCGACGGGCGUUUGUCAAGUCUACGAUAUCCCCGAGCCCAUGUGCAUAAUACACUUUUGUAGCUCAGGGCUCUCCAGGCUAACUACUUCCAGCAGAAGCGAAAAGACGAAACUAAAACACUAUCAGCAAUUGUUCCUCGAACAAAUUGCGAUAACCACACAUGGCGUCAUACGACUACGCAGACAGUUACCUUUACGGCGAGGAGAAUUUCGAUUAUUACGACUCCAUGGAGGAACAGGGAAUGCUGAACUCGAAUGCGAUCUGCUAAGGCGCUCCCUCCCCACCGACGAUGACCCAGAACCUAAUCGCUUCGGCUAUGGGGUCCGGGCGCCUACUCCAGAGCCCUACGUCUUACACCUGGGGCCCCAAGGGGCAGAACUGCCAGAUUAAAAUCCUCGAAGGUAGCAAAUCGCAUCCGAUGGAAAUAAGGCCGAAUCUCAAAGCAGCAUUGUUACGAUUUCGACUCCCGAGUUCGCCUAGAUACUUGUGGGUGGAUGCACUCUAUGUGGAUCAGGCGAACCAAGAAGAGAAAAGCACGCGAGUAAGCAUGAUGUUUCGAAUCUUUGAUACUGCCGAUAAUGUGUGUGUAUGGCUCGGCGAAGAGACGGAUGAAAGUAGUAGAGCUAUGGAAUUUAUUCGAAGUCGCUUAAAACCAUCGUUAUUGAAGGAGUGGAUUUCACUGUCUGCCUUGAUAAGGCGGCCUUGGUUUAGUCGGCGAUGGAUUAUCCAAGAGAUAGCCCUGGCAAAGAAAGCUACCGUGUAUUGUUGGAGGGAAUGCGUGGAAUGGGAGGAGUUCGCUAACGCGAUCUCCCUUCUCGUCCACAGCAAAGAGAAUGUUCAGCAACUCUUGAGAAAGUCGAGUGAUUAUUGUAAUCAUCCGGAUUGUCACGGAGAUGUUAGUCAAUCGGCCGCCGCCCGAUUGAUAGAUGCUUCUGAUAAUAUGUUCAGGAAGUCAGAGCAGGGACAGAUCCUCGAGCGACUCCUUUCCCUCGAAGAGCUCAUGUCCUCUUUGUCUGCAUUCGAGGCAUCAGACCCUCGAGACGUCCUCUAUGCGAUUUUAUGGUUAGCUCGUGAUGCCCGCCCGGGCUUCAAAAGCGGAAAGUCAUAG